AUGGCCGAACAGACCCCCCGCAUUUCCGCGCCCUACCUGGAGAAGUUCACCCACCGCACCGUGCGCAUACUCGGCAAGGUGACGCAGCUGCGUGGCGAGCAGGCCACUAUCGACGCCGGCGGAUCCAUCAACCUGCAUCUGAACCGCAAUCUUCUCCCCCUAACUCAGGAUGCCCAUCUGACUCUGAACAAUGCUGUCGAGGUUAUUGGCAAGGUCAACAGCGACCUGAGCGUGCGCGUUCUUACGUCUACUGACUUUGGUUCCAAUAUCGACUUCACCGCUGCUGAAGCAGUCGUCGAUGCGACGCAUCGCUACAAGGAGAUCUUCUACGCAGAAGACUGA